AUGGCCAGUCCGUUGUGCACAGAAGAGAUCAGCCAAGACCAGGCAGAUAAGGACGGCAUCCAAGGGACAAGUCGUGAAGAGACACCGUCGAAGGGUGUGGGGAUAUUUACAGAAGCGGGGAACCACAGUUCUGAUAUCGUUAGCCCAGCCAUUGCUGAGGACAGUGAUAUCGUGGAGGGCUUCCUGACAACUACUGCAGCAACCAGAGGCAGGAGGCUAGCUUGUGCGGUUCCUCUUGGGAAUGCAUCAUCUACUCGAACCGCUCGUCACCUCACACUACUCGCGAGCCUGCAAAAAUUGCGAAUUAAUAGGGAAGCUCAUAGAGCCCAACGCAAGGGAUCUGGCAGAUCUAGAUCAUUUCUGUCUCCUGUAAUGUCAACUGUGAUGGCGAUUAUGCUUAAUGUUGGUGGAAGGCCUAAUACAACAAUGUUAGGCAACGGAGGGCUACUAGGUCUAGCUAUUGCAUUUUCCAAUGCCUUUGGAUUACAUCGACAUCCCUUCAACUGGAACAUGCCCUCAUCAGAAAAGCAGCUUCGCAUAAGGAUCUGGUGCAUAUGGAACUCCGAUGCAUGUUCAUCGCAGCAUGAUAUCCCUCUUCCAAACUCACAGGAUGUGUGUUCCUCUAAUGUUUCGCCAUCCCAGGUAACUGCGACUUCGGUAUUUGUAUCCCUUAUCACCCUUACCGAAGUGCUAGGUAGCUAUUUAGAGUACAUUUGCCACAUCGCAAAGACUCCUACGGAUCAUUUCGAGAAAACCAUCGCACAGCCCGAGGUUCUCCUGGCGCCAUGGGAGGAAACUCUGGGCGAUGAUAUCCGUAGAACUCUGAAAAACGUCUGCUAUAACAUAUUCAACUUGAUCGAGAUCGGGGGACGGCGCAAGCGGGUGAAAGCUCAGAAUGCCCGGUAUACUUCCGGGCCCAAAGAGCAGCUGAGGAUAACGUCCAUUUUGUGCAAGAACUGGAUGAGUCACAUAUGCACAGAUUUUUGUAUUCCUGCAAAUGCAUUCACGUUAACAUCAGCGGCGUCCUUUCUAAUGAGGAGCGUCCUGAGAUCUAGAAACUCAAGGGGAAAUAAUACGCCUCUCAAACUUGCAAGAGACAUGAUUGAUGCUCUAGAACGUCACCGGCGAGACUUUUCUUGGGAUCUCGCAGAUAAUUGGCCUGCUUUACCAAACUUUGAAGAGUACUCGGAUACAGAUGUGUCAGUGCUUGGUGACCUGCUUACGGGAUUCAGCGAUCCAUUCGAGAUGGAACUUAAUCCUGCAGCCAACGCAGUUGAGCAUAUAUAA